AUGGAAAACAAUUCAACUCCAUUUCUCACUCAAGAAGACUACGAGUAUAUCUACACUUACAUCCAAGAUCUUGAAACCGAUACCCAAACAUCCCUCAAUAAGAAGCCAAAGAUCGACGAACAAGAAAUCAACCAAGUUUUGGGGACACCCACUUCGUAUUUUGAAAAUAGUGCCUCUGAAAUGGCGGAUUGGGAUGAGGGGAGGGUGAGAAAAUCAACGACUCCGCCUCCGGCAGCCAGUUAUAGCGGAGGAACGGCGGUGGAAGAUGCAAGCCACGGCGGAAGAGGUGGACAGCGGAGGUUGUGGGUGAAAGAAAGGUCAAAGGGGUGGUGGAAAUAUCACAAUAGCGACGGAUGUCCGGAUGAGGAGUUUCGAAAAGCGUUCCGGAUGAGCAAAGCUACGUUUAACAUGAUUUGCAACGAGCUGGAGUCGGCCGUCACUAAAAAAGACACAAUGCUUCGAAUGGCGAUCCCUGUUCGCCAGCGGGUCGCGGUCUGUAUCUACCGGUUGGCAACUGGUGACCCGCUGCGAAAAGUGUCGGCCCUGUUCGGGCUGGGAAUAUCCACUUGCCACAAACUAGUCCUGGAAGUUUGCGCCGCAAUCAAAGCCGUGCUAAUGCACAAAUUCAUCCAGUGGCCCGAUCAAGAACGGCUAAAAGAAAUCAAAACCAAAUUCGGAUCCAUCUCCGGCAUCCCGGAUGUGGGCGGGGCAAUCUACACAACCCAUAUAUCGAUAAUCGCCCCAAAAACAAACCCAGAGGCUUAUUUCAACCGAAAACACACAGACAGAAUCCAAAAACCGUCAUACUCCACAACGGUUCAAGGCGUGGUGGACGAGAGAGGCGUGUUUACUGACGUAUGUAUCGGGUAUCCAGGGUCGAUGGCGGAUGACAAAAUCCUGGAACGAUCGGCAUUAUGUAAGAGGUCGGAGAUGGGGGUGUUGCAGAACACAUGGAUCGUGGGUAAUUCGGGUUACCCGUUAAGCGAUUGGAUGCUGGUACCGUAUACGCACCCGAAUUUGACAUGGGGUCAACAUUCGUUUAACGAAAGUGUUGGGAAAGUAGAGAAGAUGGCAAAAGAAGCAUUUAUGAGGCUAAAAGGGAGAUGGGGUUGUCUACAGAAAAGGACAGAAAUGAAAUUGCAAGAAUUGCCGAUGGUGUUAGGGGCGUGCUGUGUGUUGCAUAACAUAUGUGAGAUGAACGGGGAGGAAAUGGAUGGGGAGUUGAGGUUUGAGUUGUAUGAUGACGAGAUGGUGGUGUCGGAGUCGGAGUCGGAAGGAGGGUGGGGGGAUAAAUCAUUAUCGGCAGAUGCAGUUCAAAACAGAGACAGUAUAGCUCAUAACCUGUUGCAUGGUAUCCAUGGCGUAAGUGUUUUUAAUUAGAAUUAGAUAUUAAUUUUGUGUAUUUAGAAUCUAAUAGUAAUAAUAUGAUGUUAUAUACAUAUAUAUAUAUAUGCCAACUCUGUUUUUAAUUUUAGAUGAUGGUAACAGAGAAAAAGGUAUGAUUAUGAAUACAGUUUAA